AUGGCUGAUACGCAAUUGGAACGUAGUCCAAAGUUAACGACCGAGAAAAAUCAUGCAGAGCAGAGAAAUACAGAUGGGACUUUGUUGUAUGACUGGGAUGGAGAUGAUGAUCUAAGAAAUCCUUCCAUCUUAUUCGGUCUCCCAGCUGGCGCAUACGGUGCAGGAAACGAUGAAAUGAGCGCUCUAUUCAACGUCAGCAACUCCGCAAGCCCAGCACUCGUCACAAACUUGGGCUUCCAAUUCCAAUGGGCAAGCUCUUUACUGGGAUUUGUGGCAUUGGUGUUGAGUUUGGCGCCGGUGCUUUUGUUGCUUAAGGGAAAGGAAAUCAGAAAGAGGAGUCCGUCUAUGAAAGAGGCGACUUUUGCGAAAUACACUGCGAGGACGACCGAGCAUGGUAUAUAG